AUGGCUGAACAAAUUGCAAAAGACGCUAACCAGGCAUUCGGUGUUUUGAAGACUCUCUCUAAUGACCAGAGAUCAGCAGCAUUGCACCUGAUUCACGACGCUUUGAAGGCUGCCAAGCUGGACAUUUUGAAAGCCAACGAGCAAGAUAUGGAGGCUGCUGAAAAGAACAACUUGGCUGGUUCUUUGAUCAAGAGAUUGGACUUGGGAAAGAACGAUAAGUACGAGACCAUGUUGCAGGGCAUUGUGGACGUGGCAGCUUUGCCUGAUCCAGUUGGAAAAGUCACCAUGGCUAAGAAGAUCGACGAGGGUCUCGAGUUGCACAGAGUCACGGCUCCUCUUGGUGUUUUGCUCAUCAUUUUCGAAAGUAGACCUGAGGUUAUUGCCAACAUCUCGGCAUUGGCUAUUAAAUCAGGCAAUUGUGCCAUUUUGAAGGGUGGUAAGGAGUCUUACCAGACUUUCAAGGCAAUCAGUGAUGUUGUCAACAAGACCUUGGAAUCGACUCCUGUGCCAUCCCACGCUAUUCAAUUGAUCCAAUCGAGAGAGGAAGUUGGUGAUCUUUUGGCUCAGGACAAGUACAUCGACUUGGUCAUUCCAAGAGGUUCAAAUGCUUUGGUGAGAAAUAUCAAGGACAACACCAAGAUUCCUGUUUUGGGCCACGCCGAUGGUAUUUGCUCGGUUUUCGUUGACAAGGAGGCUGACUUGACCAAGGCUGCUAAGAUCGUGGUUGACUCCAAGACAAACUAUCCUGCUGGUUGUAACGCUGUGGAGCAAUUGUUGAUCCACAAGGACAUUGCUUCUGACAAGGAGAAGGUGAACCAGCUUUUGGGCGCUCUCGCUGCUGCUGAGGUCACUCUUCAUGUUGUUCCAGAGAUCAAGGAACAGAUCGAGGGCAUUGACUCCAAGCUUGUCCAGGACGCUAAGCCAGAUGCAUUUGACACUGAGUUCUUGUCCUUUGAUAUCGCUGUCAAGCCUGUGGAGGAUGUAAGUGACGCUAUUGCUCACAUUAAUGAACACUCCUCCAAGCACACUGACUGUGUGGUUACCGAGAACAAGGAGGUUGCUGAGAAGUUCUUGAAGGGUAUUGACUCUGCUGGUGUGUACUGGAACUGUUCUACCAGAUUUGCCGAUGGUUUCAGAUACGGUUUCGGUACUGAGGUUGGUAUUUCCACCAACAAGAUCCACGCCAGAGGCCCUGUGGGCUUGGAAGGUUUGAUGAGUUAUCAGUACCAGUUGAGAGGUAACGGCCACAUUGCCUCUGAGUACGUUGGCGCUGGCGGCAGCAAGACCUUUGUGCACGAGGAUCUCGAAUACUAG